AUGGAGUCCCAAAAUGUGUCCAUUGUUACUGAGUUCCAGCUGCUAGGAUACCAGAAUGUUCUUGAGUGGUGGACGUUGCUCUUUGCCAUUUUCUUGUCCAUCUACUUCCUCACAGUCACAGGGAAUAUUGUCAUUACUACAGUGGUGAGCCAGGACCCGUGACUGCACUCACCUAGGUACACAUUCCUCAAACACCUCUCCUUUCUGGAGAUCUGGUAUACAUCCACAAUCGUGCCCCUUCUCCUAGCCAACCUGCUCUCCCAGGGCCAAGCCAUCUCCUUCCCUGACUGUAUAGCACAGCUCUACUUCUUUGUGUUCUUCGGGGCUACCAAGUGCUUUCUUCUGGCCACGAUGGCCUAUGACUGGUAUCUGGCCAUCUGUAGCCCACUGCGCUACUCUUCCCUGAUGAGUCCUGAGAUCUGCACCAAGUUGGUGGCAAUCUCCUGGUUGACAGGGAUCAGCACAGGAUUCCUGCCCUCCUUGAUGAUUUCCAAGUUGGAUUUUUGUGGGCGCAACCAGAUCAAUCAUUUCUUCUGUGACCUCCUUCCCCUCAUGCAGCCCUCAUGUUCCAAUGUUUAUAUCACUGAGAUGGUCAUCUACCUGUCAACUGCUGUGCUGUGCAUUUGCUUUUUUCUUACACUUGUGUCCUAUGUUUCUAUUGUGUCCUCCAUAUUGAGAAUUCCUUCAGCCUCUGGCCGAGUGAAGACCUUUGCCCCAUGUGGCUCCCAUUUGGCUGUUGUCACUAUCUACUGUGGAAGCACGGUCUCCAUGUAUGUUUGCCCCAAUCCCCACCUGUCACCAGAAAUCAACAAGAUUACUUCUGUCUUCUAUCCUGUGGUCACCCCACUGCUGAACCCUGUUAUCUACAGCUUGAGAAACAAAGACUUCAAAGACGCUGUUAGAAAAGUUGUGAGAAGGACUUGUGGCAUCUAUGGAGUAAGAGUGAAGGCAGGUUUCUUUAUUGGAUAA